UUUUAUUUUGUCUUUCAUUAUUUAAUAAAAAUAAUUAAACUUAAAUUGAAAUAAUGUUUUCAUUGAGCUUUACUUCGUUUGGUGUUAUAAUUUCGGCACUCAUUGGCCUUUAUUUAUAUUUGAGCCGUAAUUUCAAUUACUGGUCAUCUCGUGGUAUAAAAGGUCCCAAACCUAUCAUAUUAUUUGGAAAUGUUUGGGAAUUGUUUUUCCGCACUUAUCAAGAAGUUGAAGACAACAGACUUGAGAAAUACGGGAAAAUUUAUGGUAGCCGAACCAGAAUUGGUGAAGAAUAUUAUGAUCAAAGACUUUCACUUAUUUGUAAAUCAUAACACUUUGGGAUCUAUUGAUGAAAUAGCGGAUCACUCGUUGCUUUCAGCUGAAGAUGAGGAAUGGAAACGAUUGCGAUCUAUUGUAAAACUCAUUUACUACACGAAUAGUUUACAAAUUGUUUCUCCGACAUUCAGUACCGGAAAGAUUCGCAAAAUGUAUGCAUUGGUUGAGCACUGCGUUAAAGGUGUGGACAAAAUGCUGGAAAAGGCGGCGAACGGCGAACAAGAGAUUGACGUGCGGUCACUGAUGGGUAACUACACUAUGGAUGGGAUCGCCAGCUGUGCCUUCGCUACGAAGACAGACACACAUAACGAUCCGAACAAUCCAUUUAUAAUCAACGCUAGAAAACUGUUUAGUCAAAACAUGUGGAGAUCUUUUGGGUAUUUGACAAUGAAACCAGUGAUGAAAUUCUUCAACAUAUCUAUAUUAGAGCCGACGACCACUGAAUUCUUUAAGAGAGCUAUCACAGAAAUAGUGAGUCAAAGAAAGAAAGACAAGAGUGGAGGCCAUCACGACUUUUUGCAACUUAUGAUUAACGCACAGAAAAAUGUGGACAAUUUGGAGGACAUCGACGAUAAACUGAUGGCCGCGGAGGCGCACCACGGGAUGGAUGACAACCGCAAACUCUUGACUAACAAAUCCAAACUGGAAGUGUCAGACCUCGACAUAUUGGCAAAUAGUCUUCUUUUCUUUUUGGCCGGUUUUGAGACAACUGGUCAUCUGUUGUCACACAUGAGCUAUUUGUUGGCCAUUAAUCCCGAGUGUCAGAAGAAACUGAUGGAAGAAGUGGUGGCAAACACUGACGCCAACGGAAACCUGGAUUACGACACAAUAAUCCGAUUGCCUUAUUUGGACGCAUGUGUUAGUGAGUCCUUAAGAUUACAUAGUCCGGCGCCGGGGACUACUCGUGUGGGCAGUGAAGACUACAAAUUAGGCGAUACCGGAAUAACGAUUAAAAAAGGCAUUGAGAUAUUCAUUCCUAUUCACGCCAUUCAUCACAACCCGGAAUACUAUCCCAAACCCCAUGACUUCAUUCCCGAUCGGUUUUUACCCGAAAAUCGUGAUAAACUCACGCCCUAUACAUACCUGCCGUUCGGCGCC